CGACCGUGAACGCAGCAUCCACGCUGACGUCACGUCCUGCAUCCCGUGUUCCUGAGCAGCAUGGCAGCGACCUUGUGUGUGAAGUUCCUCCUGAAACCAGGAUGUCUUCCUCUCGCUCAGACUGUCCGGCACGGCUCCAAGGCUGUGACUCGACACAGGAGGCCGAUGCACAUCCUCAAACAGAAGCUCCUGGCUGUGACGAAGUACAUCCCUCCUCCACGGGGUCCUCCUCCAGGAGCCUAUCCCUCCCAAGUCCAGAGAGUCCAGGAGGACAGUCCUCUGAUGUUACUCAUGAAGAGGGAUUUGAAGAAGGUGUUCGAGGACUAUAAGAUGAUCGCUGUGGUCCAGAACAAUGCCUGCAACUCUGAAGACAUGUUGAUGCUCAAGCACAGACUUUACAAACACGACAUCACUGUCAAGUUGUUCCCUAACCAGGUGACGCGCUCUUUCCUGAGAGACAGCGUUUACUGCAACAUGGCUCCUCUGUUCAUCGGUCCGACUCUUCUGUUUGUUAGUAAGGAGCCAAAGGUGAAGGAGAUGCUGAAGACUCUGAGGGCCAGCCCACAGAUGACGCUCCUGGGAGCCUCUAUAGACAACACGCUGCUGAGCGCACAGGGGGUGGUGAGCUACUCCAAACUGCCGUCAGUGACCGUCGUCCAGGGCGAGCUGGUCAGCGGGCUGACGAUGCUGACGUCCAACACCGCCUCCAUGCUGCAGCGACACCCCACCCACCUGUCCGCCCUGCUCCAGCAGUACGUCAAGCAGCAGAGCUCGGGCGACAGCGCAGAGGAAGCCACGUAGAGCUUCGGAGGAAAUCACUGGGACUGUUUUGAGUCGCAGAUUUCCAGCUGCUUGGAACGGCGAGGGGCUGCCGGGUCGGACGCAUGCUUUAGAAUUUAUUUUAAUUUAGCACCAAAGUUCCAGACAGAUUAGAAGAAGUCUGCAUAAAAAGAUCUUACAAAUUUGAAUGGAGCAGUUCAGUUGGUGCUCAAUUGAACUAAAUCACACUUGUGCGUCCACCCAUAGGAGCACUGUGGCUACUGCAGCCUGCAGAACUGACUGUUCUCCGUGCACCUCGACCUCUCAGUGGAAAUCUUGGAUGGACAGUGCAGCAAAUAUGUCAGUGUCGCCUGAGUAAUGUCUUUAUUUAAUGGUAUAGUCACAUAUAAAUAAACUAUGUCAAACAGA